AUGGCAUCAGUCAUGCUAAUGAAAGAGAAGAAACUCAUGGAUGUCAAAUUAGGGGAACUUCCAAGCUGGAUACUGAUGUGGGAUUUCACCCCUAAGGACACUGUGGGAGCAUUUCAGAGAAGUUAUUACCAGUACUACAACAAUUACAUCAACGGGGAGAAGGGGAGCAUUGCAGGAAUCAACAUGGUGCUGGCAGCAUACAUGCUUUUCAGCUACUGCCUUUCUUACAAGAACUUCAAGCACACACGGCGACACAAGUACCAUUGA